AUGUUGCCAAGUGUUGUACCCUUGCCAUUUCUGUCUCGCUUCUCCUGCCUGCGCGUGCGUAAGGAACGACAAAAGGUAAACGUUAACAGGGCUGUGGUGCAGCAGGGAGACCGCCGACGUACGAUGACCACAUACCGCCGCAUGACGCUAUGCGACACGCUGCAGUUUAAUUUUGUAAAUUUGGAUCAGCUCACAGAAACGUACAAUACGUCCUUCUAUGGCGAGUAUGUGACGCACUGGCCGGAGUACCAGCGCGUGUGCGUACACCCCACCACCGGUAUUCCCAUGGCCUACACGCUCGGCAAAGCGGAAGGACAGGGAGAGGACUAUCACGGACACGUCUCCGCCGUGUCUGUGGCACCAACGUUUCGGCGCGUCGCCCUCGGCGAGACUCUCAUGGUUGAGCUGGCGCAGAUGAGCGAGCUCGUGCACAAUGCCUACUUUGUGGACCUCUUCGUCCGCAAAAGUAACCAGGUGGCACAGGACAUGUACCAUCGGCUGGGCUACAUUGUCUACCGGACAGUGCUCAACUAUUACCACGGCGACGGCCCGAAAGGCCCGUUCAAGAGUGACGAAGACGCACUGGACAUGCGGCUUGCCCUGCGGCGGGACAAGGAGCGGCGAAAAAGUAGCGUCAUUCCGCUAGACCGACCCAUCAAACCCGAAGAACUGGAGUGGGUGUGA